AUGGUCCACGCUGAGCCAGAGACUGCCCCUACAGCAAGCCAUGCCCUCGCAACCGUUGAUCAUGAAGAAAAAGGCGCGGCACAAGAAGGCCAUGGUGAUCCUGAGAUCAAGGAUCUGGGCUGGAACGAACAUGUCGACCAAGUUCCAGCUCCACUCGUCGGGGGCAUGUCGAAUGAAGAUCUCUGGGUGUUGGUUCGACGGUUUGACAAGCAAAUGUACCAUGUGAAGGCAAUUCCGUAUCCCGUAGAUGGAGAUCUCGACUUGAACAUUGCAGAUGAUGAAGAAUUCUCGCCUGAUAAGCUCCGCAGCAACUUGGAGCGACUCUAUAUGACAGUGAUUCUCGGCCUUAUGGGAUUUGGCACUCAUAUUGUCCGGCUUCGUUCAUGGAAGGAAGCACGCCGGACAUCUGCAUUCUGUGCUGUUUAUUUUAUUGCUUGGGCUCUUGAUUUUCUUGUCCCGAUUUUCUUCACUACCCUGAUUGUUCUGAUUGUCUAUCCGCCAUCGCGGAAUUUCCUAUUCCCGCCUGCGCCCAUGGCCAUGGUAGAUUCCAAAGGCGGUGUAAAGAAGCCCAAAGCUGGGGUCCUUGGAAGCCAUGAUACUGCGACUGGAGCACCUGAAACACACAAGGGCGAGGCAGCUGAGCAGGAAGCCAGUAACUUUGUCAACAGUUUCGCCUCGAUUGCCCUGAGUAGCGCGGCGGGUAAAAGCCACGCCGGUAACGACGAAGAGCACAGCGAUGCUAUCGAUAGUGCCGUUCCGGAUCCAACAACUAUAGCUACGCAGGCGGCUGUUGCCAAAGAUUCAAGCGCCAGCGGAGCACCGACGAAGAAACAUGACAAGACCAAACAGCCAAUGGAGCAGGCCAUGUGGGAGAAGAUGAGGCCGGCUAUGCACAUGCUGUCGAGCAUUUCUGACGGUUGGGAAAGAUUCGCCAAUGCCCUAUCGCCAACUGCUCCCUUCCCGCAAAAUCGGUAUAGACUUCGCCUGGCUGCCCUGCUCGUUCCCGCUGUCUGCAUCGGCACGAUUGUGACGUCUUAUCUCUUCGUGAAAUUAUCAACGUUCAUCUUUGGAGUAGCGUUUUUCACCGAUCCUUUGCUCUGGAAUGCCGCUCAUUGGCUCAAUACCAAUUUCCCCAAUUGGCAGAAACUGCUUGAGUUGCGCAACACCAUUCUCCGAGGCGUUCCUACAAACGCUCAGUUGACCUUGACCUUACUCCGCAUCGGUGAAGCCAACAAAGCUCCGCUUCCACCUCCGCCGCGAUCAGACCAGCCGCCUCCAACUCGGGCUACGUCUCAGAUUUCUGCUGAUGAGCUUCCAAUGGAUGUUGAUCAGAAGGAUGUCAACGCUGCCAUUCAUCCGGACCGAUCCCAGCUUCAUAGAGAGGCCAAGGCGGAUGCUGAAGCGGCAAAGAAGCCAAAGCAUGGAUCACGUCUCCUGGCCUUCUUCAAGGGCACCACCAAAACCACUGUUCAGGCCGCGUUGGGUGCCGACCAUCUCAAGGCAGAUCUUGGAUCAGUUCAUGCUAAGAAUCGACUCGGAGUGUUGCCUCGGCCCAGCGAAGAAAAGGAGCAGGGUCCCGUCGAUUUCAAGGGACGGCACCGCGGCAAAAAGGGUCAUCUCUACGUUAGCACCGGCAACUUUGCUCCUGGAACUGAUGUGCCCACCGUUUUCUUCACCUCUACGGAGGCGAAAGGCCCGGAUGAUGUUAAACCUGUGUUUUCAGUGCCGGUUGCAGAGAUUCAGGAGAUCAAGAAGGUCGGUGGGCUAGGUUGGAAAACCAAGCUCGUCGUCGGAUGGGCCAUGGAUCGUGAGGUUGCAGAUGGAAUCACUAUUGUUGACCGAGAGGGUCAUUCUUACACUGUCACUGCCAUCCCCUUGCGCGAUGAGCUCUUCAACCGCUUGGUUGCCAUGGGCGGUCAGCGCUGGGUGUCCUGGUGA